GAUUUCUUCAAAGUUUUCUAAUAUUCAGCUUUACGGGUCCAAUGCCUGGUGCAAUGGAAUCUCCAAACGAAAGCGAAGACGUUUCCAAAACGUUUUUUAAACUUUGCGAUGGCUUGCGAUUGGGCGAACUGGUAACCACAGAGCAUUUUCGGCUCUCAGAUGUCAUGUCAGCAAUUGAACUGGGAGAACCGAAAAUGGACGUUGGAGUAGGAUCAAAACACAUUAAAACAUUGAAAGAAGCGAUUAGUGGGGGACUCUACGCCGACGAUUAUCCUUUUCAACUUGCAAUUAUGGAUAGUACGUUAGCGAUGGUUGUCGCUUGGCUCGAAGGAAGUGCACUUGGAUCGACAGUCUGGACAAACGUGCUGCUUUCAAAUGUGACUUUUGUUAAACAUCCCGUUUUCCACCCAUUCGCAUCCGGCGUCAAUCUUUUCAUUCGAAAUGCUCAUGCACUUAUCAACAGUGUUGGUAACCUAGAAGAGUUACCCGAAGAUUUCAAUCCACAAAUGCUCUUCAGUCAUCAGAGAUGGGCUCCUCGCAGAGUCGUCGUUCAGCUUAUGCGAGAACAGGUUACAUUGCUCGGUACUACUGGAAGAAAGUGGAGAGAGUCAGCAUUCAGUAAACAGGCGUACGAUAUUUGCUGUGCUGUUGCAUCCCGUCUUGAAAUGUUUAUUAUGCUUUUGGAAAUUAUUGGCUUAUUGGUUGCACCAGAAAUUGAAGAUCCUAACUUCGAUCACAAAGUUCAUCUGGGGGAUUUCUAUGUUCACGAAAAAGAAUAUGAAGGAGCCGAAGAGAAUUCUGACGAAAAAUCAGAAGAAUCCACGUCUGAUCCAACGCCUUCAAGUGAAGCAAAAUCGGAAACCACAGAGAAGAAAGAACAGAAAAGUAAUGAUGAAGCAACAGAUGAAACUGAUCAAAAUGAUGAUGAAAAUGUAGGCGACGACGAAGAUGAAGAUGAUAUGAAACAAUUCAAGCCCAAUUUUGGAUUCGCCUCGAUUUUGGCUGAAAGACUGUGCAAGGUCACAAAGGCUUAUGCGGAAACAGUUAAAUUAGGAAGAAGAGCACCCGACAAUAUUGAUGGUGAUGGUGACUACCUAUGGCUUGGCGCAUAUGAACCAAAAACUUGUAUACGAAUGAUCCCGGCAUGCUUCCCUCGAAAAAUCAAGGUUCCAUCAAGACAAGAAGCUGCUGAUUGGUGGGUGAAGUGUGCUGAAAGAAUAUAUCACCUAUGCAUUGUCACUCCAAAAACUUCAAAAGAUUUGAACUAUUUGUUCUACUUUGCGAGAACUUUCGGUCAGAAUGCAUGCGUCUUCACCAGAUCUCUUCUUCAAAUUUGCAUGUUCCCAGUCGACAACCAUCUGUGUGGUGAUGAGAAUCGAUCAAUUGCUGACGCCGUUGAAUACUCACUGAGCAACUGCUUCUGCCCACAAAUUCUUGAUAGAGUAUCUCCUGUUUACAAAGAUCAAACUGCUCAAAGUCUAUAUGUGUUAUUUUUGAAUCACAUGUCAAAACUCGCAAUCACCGUCUAUGGUAGUUUUGGAUGCAAUUUAUCCCGUCAAAGAGAUCGUCUUGAGAUGGCCAUUGAAGAUCUUGGUCAAAUCCAUUCAUAUGCUGGACGACUGGAAGAGCGAACUGAUGAAGUAUUGCUUAGCGGAAAAAUGGUUACUGCAAAAGAGCAGAACUACUCAUAUCACUCAGUGGCUACAUUUGUGUUUCACAAUCUUCUUGCAAUCAUUAACCAUUAUUUCGAACUUGGAUUUCGAAUGGACCUUUACGUUCCUUACGAGUUCCCAUACAUUUACUGGUUUAUUGGUUCAGUUCAAGCACAUUGGAUGAGAACAACUUUGGAACGGAGUCAAGAAAUUCAGCUGAACGUUUAUCAAGCAAAUCCACUGAGAGAGACUAAAAACAAAAAACUGUGGGAAGAGAGAUGUAAACUUGGAGAAGAGUUGAAACGUCGUGUCGCUGCUCAUCAAUUCAGUGUUCUCAAUCAAAUCGCAAUUUCAAUGAUUUCUGAUGGAGUUGUGAGACUGACAGUUGUUCUGAUUCGUAAAGGAAUCAUCAAGAUGCCGAAGGGUGGAGAUGAUGCUGAAAAACUAAGAUUCGAAAGACGAUUCGAACCAUUCGACUCACUUGGGCCUCCAGUUCGUGUGGAUUACGAACGUUUUAAAAGUGAUUCGGGAAUUGACCAAAUGUAUGAAGACAAGAUUGAGACACUGAUCGAUCAAGCUCAGAAAAGUUUCAAUGAAGCACGUGAACAUCUCGAAAAAAUCGAUAACUCUGUGGAGCAAAAUCGCGAAAUGAUGCAAUUGAUCCACGUGGCGAAAUCGAACAUUAUUGCUUGCAGAGUUCUGAAACUUGAUUUGACGGACAGAAAUGUCGUUUGGUCGUUUUCAGAAGAGAUUCCAAUGUUUCCAUGUCUAAAAAUUAGCAAAAAGUGAUGACAACUCUACUCUUGUUUGCCAAUUAUUGCUGCGAUCUCUCCAACAGUCACAAUCCAUCAGUAGAUUCAGAAAUAUUCAAGAAUCAUCUCAAUAGAAUGCCAUAAGUCCCCCGUGUUUUUCUUUCAUGUAUUUUAUAUAAUCAGCUAAAUAAUUAUUCAUAUUUCGAUUUUUGUUUUCAUAUUUUAUUGAUUGAGUAAUUCAGACUAGUGAACCCCGCCUCCCCGUCUUCUUUCCUUUCAUAGCACACGAAUUUUCUCGGUUGGUACAGUACAUUCACAUUGUUCUCAGAGAUAUCGAAAUACAUUUCAAAUCAAAUUUUAUGCUUCUAUGAACUUGUUUGUUUUC